GUGAACGCGCGCCCCGGCUUCUUCCAGCGUCGUAGAGGAGCCGCACGCGCGUCUCUGGAAUCUCCUCCUUCCUUCCUUCCUUCUUUCCUUCCUUCCUUCUUCUUCUCCCCCUCCCCUUUUUUUGGAGCUCCACACCGCGGUGGGGGAGGAACACCAACCAGGAGGAAAGUAAAGGUUGAGGAAAAAAGAGAGAGAAGGAUAAAGAGAGAGAGAGAUGCGAAUGUAAGAGUUUUGGGCUUUUCUCAGUCUCUUUGAACGGAAAAGGGAAACGCAUUUUUGGUUUCUUUCUUUCCUUUUUUUUAUUUUUAAUAACUGGAUACUUUGAAGAGGAUUUGCUACCAAGGACGCGGUAAAAAAAAAAAAAAAGAAAGGGAAAAAAAAAAAGUUUUUUUUCUCCUCCUCCUUCUGCUUUUCUUUUGCCUCCUUGCGCGCAGAGCAAAAACGCGUCCAGGACAGAGAGAGAGGGGAAAAGGACUGGAUAGGAAAGAAAGAAGGAAAAAAGGUUUCCAAGUGAGGAAAAUUCACCGCAGUGGAAAAGGUAGAAAGAACCUGGACUUGUUCUCGAAGUCCUGCUCGGAAAUCUUGAACCUUUGAAUCCAAACUCGACCACAUUUGGAUUUUGCGAGAAGAUUUUUUUUUUUCCAGAGCACAGAUUUUCUGCAUAACCUACUUUUUUAAAAUUUUGUAUCGCCGAAUUGAGAACAAAACGAAACAAGUAACUAUUAUUGUUAUUUUUUUUUGAUAAAUUGUUAUUAUCUCCAACAUCUACAGCGCCUGAGAGGAAAAGAUUAACUCAGAGAAAAGACCCGAUGUCCUAGCUGUUUGAUGGAGAGCUACGCCAGGCAACAAGCUCUGCUAUAGAGGAGCACAAUGAACAUGAAGAACACAAUGAAGGUCAUGCUGCUGCUGUUCUCAGUUCUUCUGACCCAGCCAAUGCAGGGCCACACCAGGCCGGCCAGCCCAGAGCAAGUUGCCCUGUUAGAAACCGCUGUGUACACGCUGUACGAGGGAGAUAAGCUGGAGCUGAAGUGUAGUACAGAAGAGCCUCACGAGGUGAUCUGGACCAAGGACCAAGCUGUCAUUGCUGACGGCGAACACACUCAUCUACGCAACGGCCAGCUGGAGAUCGAGGGAGUGGAGCUGGCCGACUCGGGCCUUUACGGCUGCUUCGCUCCAGGCCCUGCAGGCAACCACACCGAAUAUUUUAACGUCAAUGUCACAUACGCCUUGGCUUCUUCUGAAGAUGAGGACGAUGACGAGUCUUCUUCAGAGGAGACAAAGCAGUCCAGCAGCCAGAAGUUACUCUCAAACAGCCAAGAGCUAUCGCCAACGGCUCCAGAGUGGGCUCAGCCUGAUAAAAUGGAGAAGAAGCUCCACGCGGUUCCAGCCAGCAGGACCGUCAGAUUCCGCUGCCAAGCCAUCGGUAACCCGAACCCCACGCUCAAGUGGCUGAAGAACGGCAAGGAGUUCAAGAAAGACCAGCGAAUAGGAGGAUUUAAGGUGCGAGACAGCUUGUGGGCCAUCAUAAUGGACUCGGUUGUGCCCUCAGACAAAGGCAACUACACCUGCGUGGUGGAAAAUAAGUACGGCAGCAUCAACCACACCUAUCAGCUGGAUGUUGUCGAGCGUUCGCCUCAUAGGCCUAUUCUCCAAGCCGGCCUGCCUGCUAAUCGUACAGCGGUGGUGGGCAGCGACGUGGAGUUCGAGUGCAAAGUCUUUAGCGACCCGCAGCCACACAUCCAGUGGCUCAAGCACAUUGAGGUCAAUGGCAGCAAAGUGGGGGAAGAUGGUCUUCCUUAUGUCAAAGUCUUAAAGCACUCUGGGGUCAACAGCUCGGACACGCAGGUUCUGAUACUGUACAACGUGACGGAGGAGCACAGUGGGGAGUAUAUAUGUAAAGUGUCCAAUUAUAUAGGCCAAGCCAACCAGUCAGCCUGGCUCACCGUCACUAAACACGCCUCCACAGCCUUGCCUCCAACGCCGCUGCCCAACCAGACCUACCUGGAGGUGCUGAUCUACUGCGUGGGAUUUUUCCUCAUCUGCGUUAUGGUAGUGGUCGCUGUGGUAGUCAAGAUGCACAGCUCAGGCAAGAAGAACGACUUCAACAGCCAGAUGGCCGUGCACAAGCUGGCCAAGAGCAUCCCACUGCGCAGACAGGUAACAGUGUCUGUGGACUCGAGCUCGUCCAUGCACUCUGGGGUGAUGCUGGUAAGACCGUCACGUCUUUCCUCAAGUGGCUCCCCCAUGCUUUCUGGAGUGUCUGAGUACGAACUGCCUCAAGACCCACGCUGGGAGCUGGCCCGAGACAAGCUGGUCCUGGGGAAGCCUCUGGGUGAAGGCUGCUUUGGCCAGGUGGUUAUGGGAGAGGUACUGGGAAUGGACAAAGACAAACCCAACCGUGUUACCAAAGUGGCUGUCAAGAUGCUCAAAUCUGAUGCCACGGAGAAGGACCUGUCUGACCUCAUUUCUGAAAUGGAGAUGAUGAAAAUAAUCGGCAAACACAAAAACAUAAUCAACCUGCUAGGAGCCUGCACACAGGAUGGUCCUCUUUACGUCAUUGUGGAGUAUGCCUCAAAAGGGAACCUGCGCGAGUACCUGAGGGCCCGCCGCCCACCUGGUAUGGAAUACUGCUACAACCCAGACCAGGUAUCUGUUGAAACGGUUUCCAUCAAAGACCUGGUGUCCUGCGCCUACCAAGUAGCACGUGGCAUGGAGUACUUGGCAUCUAAAAAGUGUAUCCAUAGAGACCUGGCAGCACGUAAUGUUCUCGUGACUGAGGACAACGUGAUGAAGAUAGCAGACUUUGGCUUGGCCAGAGACAUCCACCAUAUUGAUUACUACAAGAAAACCACCAAUGGCCGCUUGCCAGUAAAAUGGAUGGCUCCAGAGGCACUGUUUGACCGGAUCUACACCCACCAGAGCGAUGUGUGGUCUUUUGGGGUGCUGCUGUGGGAGAUCUUUACUCUGGGUGGUUCUCCAUAUCCAGGUGUCCCUGUCGAGGAGCUCUUCAAACUGCUGAAGGAGGGCCACCGUAUGGAUCGCCCUUCCACAUGCACACAUGAGCUAUACAUGAUGAUGAGGGACUGCUGGCAUGCCGCACCAUCUCAGAGACCUACCUUCAAACAACUUGUGGAAGACCUGGAUCGCACUCUCUCAAUGACUUCGAAUCAGGAAUAUCUGGACCUGUCUGUCAGCCUGGACCAGUACUCCCCCAGUUUUCCAGACACGCGCAGCUCGACCUGUUCCUCCGGUGAGGACUCUGUGUUUUCCCACGAGCCCAGCGCUGAUGAACCGUGUCUGCCUAAAUUUCCUCCACAUCCUAACCGUGUAGUGGCCUUCAAAAAGCGCUGAGCACCAUCCUCUGUGCUGCAGCGUGCUUCUCAGCUGGACCCAAUGGACAUUCAUGGACCGUAGAAGAGAUAACGCCCAAACACAGUGCGCACACACAAUGGAUGAGGAUUUAGGACGUGGUCCAAGUUCAGAUUCCAAUGCAUUGAGUAGUCAAUCAUAGACCCAGUCUUUAGGGCACUUGGGACAAAUCUGAGCAUCUAAAUGGAUAGACUUGUUUUUUUUUUUCCUUUUAGUGGCUCAAUCUUCCUCAUCUGGACUUUAAAAAGAAGCCGAAAGAAGUGGAAUUGGGUCAGAAAUGCUGAAUGUUACACACAUCGGAUAUUUUUCCAUUUCAAAAUAAGGAAGGGAUGUUCCUCCACUGCCUUUUUUUUUUCUCGCCUGGAGAUUAAAUUCCUUCAAAAAACCUACUUUAUUUACAGGACUGUCAAAAAGUAUUCUAACAAAAGGAUUGUUACAAUAUUAGUCAUUUGGUUUAAAUGACUUCCUUGUAAAUACAGUUAGAAAUUUAUAAAUAUGAAUAUAUAUAUAUUUACACGCUACUUUUAUCAUUAUUACAUUAAUUGAUUUUGUGCCUUUUUUUUUGUAUCUGAAUGUCCAGUGGUUUGUUUCUUGGAAAGAGACAAAACAUUUGUUCACAUUAAAAUAUGCUAAUAUUCUAUGAAUUGAUAGCAGGCCAGUUUUUUUUUUUUUUUUUUUUUUUUUCUUGGGGUAUACUCUUAAUAGUGGUAUGCUAAUGUAGCUUGGGGUCGCUGCUAGCAUUUCAAUGGCAUUCAGUACAUCCUCAAGACAAGUCAAGCUACAUAAUUGUAGGCUAGUUUAGUAGAAAUCAUUCCCAUGUGUUAACAGUUGCUUCUGUAAUAAAGACAGCCUCCAAAUGGUACUUUUUUAAUGGUCUUGAGGUUUAUUUAAAGAAACCCCCCCCCAAAAAAAAAAAAAAGGAUGUGCCUUGGGAACUGUAACAUGUUUCAACUUUGAUUUAAUGGAUUGACUGUGUGUAAAACAAAAGCUGCCGUUCCUGCCUUUGAAGUGGAAGGAAUUGCGGAUCACUUAUGUCACUGUAAAAGCAUUAUGUUAAAUAAAAAAAAGCGAUUGAAAAACA